UGCUCGGCCGCGAGUAUUCUCGGAGCAUAGUUUAAGUUACUUCAGUAAUUAAUUUAAUUAAACUAAUUAAAUUCAUUAAGCACGUAUUCUAUUGUUACAUUGUUGUUACGAUUACUGUACGUGCACAAAUCGUGUUUAUGGUCCUCUAAUUAAGUCGAGCAAUGGGACAAAGUCCACGUGCGGCACAGUAGUCUGGGAAUAAAUCGACUUACGUGGCGUUCAUAUUGUUUCUUCUAAUGCUGGAGAUGUUUAAAAAAUUUAAUUUUUUUCAAUACAGCAAGUUUAUCACCGUUCUAGUUCAUAGUCCAACUUUCUACUAGCUCCCCGUACAGCACGCGUGUCUGAGACAUUUUUAAGUCGUCUUUUAGAUGUACAUAUCUAAAGCUGACGGUAGAAAACGAUCCGUAAACUCUCAAGGCUGUCCUAGUCGUAGACGUGAAGUCGUGAAAGUAUUGUAUACAACUUGAGAUUUUCUCUGCCUUACGUCUAAGACAGUCUUAAGUGUUUAUGCGGCGUCUACAAUGAGAUACUUGAGACGUAAGAUUUAAGAAAGUGACCCGUCGCAAUCGAUUGUCAGAAGACUAAUCAAUUGUGAUUGGUCAUUUUCUUAAAUUUGACGUCUUAGACAUCUCGCCGUAGACACCGUAUUACAGAUCGUUCUCUGCUAUCAGCCUAAAAGACGACUGAGAGACGUCCUUUAGACACGUGUGUUAUUUGGGUCUGUAAUUCCGUGAGCAUAUUUAAUGGAGAUUUCUUGCCCGAUUAUACAGAAAAAGGCUCAGGAGAGCAUCAACACCAGAUUGGCACUUGUCAUGAAAUCUGGUAAAUACGUCCUUGGCUAUAAGCAGAUUCUCAAGUCCCUCCGCCAAGGCAAAGCUAAGUUGGUCAUCAUUGCCAGUAAUACACCGCCGCUGAGGAAAUCGGAGAUCGAGUACUACGCGAUGUUGACGAAAACUGGCGUGCACCAUUACACGGGGAACAAUAUCGAAUUGGGUACAGCCUGCGGUAAAUACUUCCGUGUCUGUACGCUCUCGAUCACAGAUCCUGGCAAUUCCGACAUCAUAAAGUCCAUGCCGACUGGUGAUCAAGCGUAAUAUACAUUUUUAAUCUAAUAAAUAACGAGU